AUGGGAGACGAGUUGGAACUCAACAACCUCACCCGACCUUUGAAGGAUUUCACAGUUCCUAAAGCAUUGGACCAGCCAUCUUGUAUUGCGUAUCCAGCCACUACAACCACCUUUGAGAUCAAGAGUGGCACCAUUCACCUUUUGCCGCAAUUCUAUGGCAAGGCUGGGGAUGAUCCUCACAUACAUAUCAAGGAUUUCUUUGCCGUGUGCGCGACUAUGCACAAUGGAGGGAUUAGUGAUGAGGCAAUCAGAUUGCGUUUAUUUCCAUUCUCACUCAAGGAACGAGCCAAGGAGUGGCUCUAUUCUUUACCUAGUGCAUCUGUCACAACAUGGACAUCAUUGGCUUCCAAGUUCCUUGCAAAGUUCUUUCCAGCUCAAAAGACAAACCAUAUUAGGAAGGAGAUCAUGGGAGUGCAGCAACUAGAUGGAGAAUCAUUUCAUGAGUAUUGGGAUCGGUUUCAGAGACUCCUAGCUUCGUGCCCUCAUCACCAAAUUGAAGAUUGGCUACUUAUGCAAUACUUUUAUGAGGGAUUACUUGAUUCGGAGAGGAUGAUGGUUGAUGCUACUAGUGGAGGAGGUUUGAUGAACAAGAGUGCUACUCAAGCCAAGGAGAUGUUUGAGAACAUUGCAGCAAACUCUCAACAGUUUAAUUACCGGAGAGCUCCCCCAAAGAAAGCAGGUGUUUAUGAGGUAAGUGCUAGUGAUAUUGGUCCUCAAAUAGCUAAUUUGACUAACCUUGUUAAGCAGUUAAUCCCUCAAGCACAAGUGUGUGCCGUGUGUGCUAAUCCCGGACAUCAUACGGAGUCUUGUCCAAGUUUGUAUGGUAAUGGAGAAGAGAUGGCUCAAGCACACUAUAUGCAGCAACAAAAGCCAAGAAACGAUCCAUUUUCUAACACUUAUAAUUCGGGAUGGCGGCAACACCCUAACUUUGGAUGGAAGAACAACCAAAAUGUGCAAACAGCCCCAGUUCAACAAAAUCAGUUUGUUCCUCAACAAAAUGCACCUGCACCACCUGGGCAAGGUAAGUCUUUAGAAGAGUUAAUUAAUUCUUUGGCAUUAAGCACUCAAGGUUUUAUGCAGGAAACAAGGCAAACACAGGCACAAAUGUCUACAGCAAUCAAGAGCCUUGAAAACCAAGUUGGACAGAUUGCAGCCUCCUUGAGCCAAAGAGAGCCAGGAAAGUUUCCAAGCCAAGUAAUUCCAAAUCCUAAUGGAGGCCAUGACACCGCAAAUGCGAUUACUCUUCGAAGUGCAAAAAGGUGGAAAAGGAUGACAAUGAGGAGAGAAAUUCAACCAAAACAGUGGCUGCCCCCUCUCCCAAGCUUACGGUUCCAAGUGACAACUCUAAGCUAUGCAAAAUUCCUCAAAGAGCUUUGUACAAAUAAGAGGACGUUCAAGGAGCAUGAAACCGUGGCCUUAAGUGAAGAAGUCUCUACCGUGCUAUUGCGUGAGCUUAAGAAGACUUCUAUGAGCAUACAAUUGGCUGAUCUGUCAAUCAAAUAUCCUAAGGGAGUGUUGGAAGACAUUUUGGUCAAGGUGAAUGAGCUAAUUUUUCCAGCUGACUUUCUAGUGCUUGAGAUGGAGGAAGUUCCUAUUCCUGGAAAAGACCUUCCAUUGAUUCUAGGACAUCCAUUCAUGAGAACAGCAAGGACAAAAAUCGGUGUGUAUGAAGGCACUCUCACAAUGGCACUCGAUGAGGAAACCGUGGAGUUUAAGGCCCCACAGGUUGAGCUAAAACCCCUUCCGGAGAAUUUGAAAUAUGCAUAUUUAGGUGACGAAAAGACACUGACUGUGAUCAUUGCUUCUAAUUUGAGUGCAUCUGAAGAAGACAAAUUAAUUCAAGUUCUAAGGGAGCACAAGACUACCCUAGGUUGGACCAUUGUAGACAUUAGAAGAAUAAGCCCUACAAAGUGCAUGCAUAGGAUCCUUUUGGAAGGAGAAGUGAAACCUACAAGGGAAGCCCAAAGGAGGUUGAAUCCGGUGAUGAAAGAAGUGUUAAGAAGGAAGUUUUAA